AUGGGGCACCCCAUUCCGUCGAAAGAAGAGAAGGCACACCGAACACCCCAUGCAAAUAGAGGACACCGGGUACAAAAUGGUACACGAGCACGACUUCCGGGCUGGUUUGCGGCAAGUCGAGUCAAAUUGAUCAAUCCGCCUCCCUACUCACCGGAUAUCAAUGUUAUCGAGCAUCUCUGGUCACUUGUGAAGUCACGACUCAAGGGAAAGAAAUUCGAUUCGAAAGCUGCCUUAUGGGUUCACAUUCAACGUCUCUGGGCCACCAUUCCCCAAAGUCUUUUGAAGAAUCUCGUGGAUUCCAUGCCGAAUCGACUCAAUGAAGUGAUAAAAGCAAAAGGAGGACCAACCAAGUAU